CAGCCAACGACUCGUACAACUGCGGCUUGAAAAACGAGCAACGAUGGGGCAGCCCUGCUGAGCAGCGACCGGGACACCCGCACCGCCACGCACGCACUGCCCCGCGCGACGGGUCCUCGUCCAAGACACAGUUGGUUAGCUAGCCACACCUCGCGAAGCCGGCUGCAAGAACGAGCGCCUUUACGCGCAGAAAAAGGCAAAGGACGCAGAACGGACACGAUGGCCUCAGGAGAACUGCCCUUCGUCGUCAUCCUAGGCGAGGACGCGAGGGGCCUGGAGACACCAAGAGGAGGCUGGACGAGCGACGCGCGGCAUCGCUGGCCCGUCGAGCUAGGGUUAUGGGUCGGCGACUGCACGCUCGACGGGUUGCGCUUGGUGGCGCCGGGCGACCGGGCUCCGACGAAAGUCGAGGUCUUCGCGGCUCCUGGAAAUGACGCUACUACAGCAGGGGACCCUCUGGAUGAUGCCUUCCUCUCAAAAACUGCAGACGACGUCGUGACCGACGAAAAACGCAAGAAAUGGCUUUCAGAAUAUUGCGCGGCGGUCUUUACGCGGUGCGGGUCCAUCACGUUCGGCGAAAAUAAUCUGGCAAGGAAGGGCUCCGACGCUAGGGAAAGGAAGGUGGCGCGGCUGGCUCGUAGUGCGAAGCGCACGAAGUUCGUGCGACUCGUGAUCCACGAGCCGGUUAGAGCUCCAUUGCCGGGCGAUCGGAAUGGCGAUGGGUCGAGAGUGGGCUUUGCUCGCGUAGCAUUAUUAGGCAAGUCCAUGGAAUGUCGACACUUACCUGUAAUCUCGAAGAUACGCUGGGACGCGGCCGAAGAAGAAUUAAGUAAAGCUGGCGUGGCCACGGACGUAGUGAAGUCGCUGGCGUUAAUGCGGCUGUCCCAUCGAACAACAUCUGUUGAUAGCGAUAACGACGACGAGGAGGAAACCGCAAAAACGAUCCAACAAGCGCGACAGGGCGAGCUCGACGCCGCGGCCGAGACCGGGAGAGCGGAGGACGACGCUGUGCUCGCGGCCUUGGCGACGGCGCAGCACCGCGCACGUAAAAAACAUCGCAAAGAAGCGGCCGAAGCCUUGAAGCAGGCCGAAGUAACAGCUGUGAGGGCCGACGAGGAUAUCAGAAGAUCACAAGAACGGCAGCAUAACGCUGUACAAAGGGAAGAUUUCGACGCCGCGCGCACGGCCAAGGCCGAGACGCAAACCCUCAGAAAGCAGCGUCGUACUGAUGCUGCGAGAUCCUUGGCGACGCACGACGACGUCAUCCACCUCUCGGACCGGAAGGCGUCCUCUUCAGGUAAAGAGGGCAGCGUCUUCUGUCACAAGUGGGUGACGUCUCCUGACACGGACCUGCUAUUACCGGACGACGACGGGGACAUGUUCCUCGACGCGCAACAAUUGGAGAAGGCGCGGGAACGCGACGCCGCGGACGCUGUCGCGGACGUGGCGGCUGCCGCAAGAGUCGCGGCGAGAAGACGCGCGCGAGACCAAUCGCAGCGAGACGUGUUUGAUGAAGAUUCGUAUGCAUCCUCCUCGGAAUCGGACGACCAGGCGUCCAGUGACGACGAGAACGACCAGACGAUCGACCCGAUGGCUACACUCAAGUCGCCGAUUAGUGGCGCCCAGGACUGGUCAUACAUUUCUGAGGCGGCCAUGCCGUCCUCAUCAGAUAGGGGCUGGUGGGGCUUCGACGAAUACCCCCUCGAGACGCUGAAAAGGCCGCUGGACUUGGACCUGAGUGACGACGAAGACGUCGCCCGACCGCCAACUCCAGCUAGAUUGUCUGAAGAAGAAGAAGCGAGGAGGGACCGAGCGCGCAAUCAUUGUGAGAGGUUAUUACAUACGGAAAGUGUUUCCUCGAGACUCGUACGCUGGAUGGCCCAUGAAGGCGUGGCGGACGUCGACGGCGUCGCGGACGCUCUCGCGCAGAUGCAUGCGGUCCGGUUAUCUCCACCUUCAGCGCCGCCCGGUGGGUGUCCACCACCACCGGACGACGAUGACCUCUCGCUCUUGUUGUACAAGUCCACUUCUGUCAAGAGAGAGGCCGUCUCGAAAGCUUUAAAGGCCACCAUCGGGCCGUUAGCGUUGGCCUUUGCGUGCCAGGGCAACUGGUUGAUGAGACGGCAGGUUUUGGUGCUGGUGCGCGACGGCCGGUCGCGCAUCGAUACCGAAGCUUUGGCGGAGGCCGCUGGAAUCCUACAAUGGGAAGAGGGAUGGAAGCGGCGGCGUUUGCUAUUCGCGGCCCUCUGCGCUUUAUUACAACAGGGCCUCUCGUCCGAAAGCGCGGACGUCUUCGCGGAGGCUUGUCGGUUAUUGGUUGAUCUUUUCCGCGGCAAGAAGAAGCGCCUGGAUCGGAACGUGUCGCACUCGACCAUCGCCGAGAGCCCGACCUAUCAAACGAUACGGAGUGAUCCGGGAGAUGAUGGUGAUGACGUCCUGGCGCCGACGACGUUAUUACGACGAGGUAUUUGUAGAAAAGGCGCGCCGCUGAAGGACGCCUUGGCGGCGUUGCGGGCGUUGCUACCCCUCGUAUGUCAGCGCUGCGCGCGCCACUGCAGCGACACCGACGAACGGAGCUCACACGCCGCUUCUCGGCGCGCGGCGCGAGUCGCGGCGCGCUGCGUGUCGAGGCUAGCGAGGACGCCUUGGUUAGGGGCACCAUUAGUUGCCGCCGCCGUUUUACCGAGACCGCCGCCCGUCGGCGCGCACGUCAUGGAGGAGACCGAUUCCAGGAGACACGCGGCCGCGGUUUUGGGCCACCCGUCGCAGCCCGCGAAAUUGGCGGCUGCGAGACUACGGACGUUGGCCUUGCUGGUGGCGCGCUUCGGCGCGCGCGACGAUUCGGUGUUGGAUGCGCGCGAUAUUGCAUCUCUAGCGGAAGCGGUACUCCGUCAAGAUCCAAGACAAGAGGUCUGUCGCGCCGCCGCUUCGUUAAUAGGCGCGUUGUAUGCGGCUCUGGUAGAUGCGGCGGCCGUCGCGCGCGUGUCGUCGGGCAAGGACUUUUCUUUGGUAGCUUGUAAUAGGGACGCUCGCCGGAAGCUCAGAAGAGCCUUUCAAAACAGGACGUCGUCCAUCCUGUCCCCCUCGAGAAAGAGCGGGCUCGUGAGGUACACGGACCCGGAGACCGGCCACGAGUACAUCCUGGACGAAAAGACGGGCGACAGUCGGUGGGCCUCGGCCGACGACUGGGCGGUGGACGCGAAGAUGAGGAAUGUGGGUCAAGAAAUACUGAGGAGGCGGAACAUCCUCAAGGCCUUUGGAUCUCCGUCGAUCAUGCCGUCGGAGACGCUGGCCGAUGACCUCCAUACGAUCGCGGACGACGAUGCUCGCUUAAGACGUGCACUCGCGCGCGUCGACGCGGAGAUGGCGCGGCGGCACGGGUCGGCGCCGUCCGUCGCUGCCGAGGCGAAACGAUUGAAGAAGGCCGCCGCUCGCCAUGCCGCGGCGCGAUCGAACGCCGCCAGCGACGCGGCGACCGCGGCGCGGAAGGCCGCCCAAGCGGCCGCCGAGGCCGUGCGCUCGGCGGUCGAGGCGUGUCGCGUGGGUAGGAGCGGAGAAAAGGACGACAAGACGCGCCGGCUCGAAGCUAUAUUGAAUGCGGUCUCCUCGCGGAAGCUGCAGGUCGUCUGGAAGGCCGGGUUUCGGGUGCGGACGCAGGCGAAGUACCGCGUGGCGUCACGAAAGGCGUUCGAGGCGGCGAAGGCCGCGGCUGACCAGGCGGCGGCGAGCGUCGCGCGACUGGAUAUCAGGAAUGUGAAGGACCAAUGCAGCGAGUUCCACGCGAAUGCGCUCGACGCGGACAAGGCCGCGCAGGCGGCCCAGGCGGCCCUCGACGCGGAAAAGCAGAAGCGCGAAGCUGCGCAAGCGGCGGCGAAGGCGUCAUCAAAACCCUCGGGCAAGGUCCACCCCGCCGACGCGAAGCCCGCGAAGGCCGCCAAGAAGAAGGGAGGGUUUUUCUCGCGUAAGAAGAAGUAA